UUUUCUUCGGUGAUACAACAAUUAGCAUCAAACAACCAACUAAAACAUGUUGAUAUCCAAGCAAAUAAGUAUUAUCAGUAUUCUAAUUCUAGCCGAUUGUACUUUGAAUGUUUUGUCUGGUUCAUUAACACGUUUUGUACCAUUAGAAUCAAGUUCAUCAAAUGUCAAUAAAACAGAUAAAUUUUUUACUUUGGUUGAUUCAAAGGCCAAAAAUGUCAGUGCAUCUCAACUCAGCGAGGCCCGAUCUUCCUCAGAACUGCUCAUUGUACUUGGUUUGCCGCUUAUUCUCCUGUCUUGGACACCUCCCUUCGAAAUCGUUAGAAAUGUUCUCAGAUACAAUCGACCGAGUCUAGAUGCGAGCAGGUACCUUGUUGAACGUUUCCAAGUAUUUUUGAAAAGGAUUAAUGAAACCUCAAAUUCUUAGUUCAUUCUGUGAAUAGUAAAAUGAUCAAAAUGUAAUUUGUUCAAUAUUUUGCCACUGCAAUUAGAAGCAAUGUUUAUUGUCAAGUCGCAAUACAAGACUAAUUACUAUUGAAAUGUAAUAAUUAUCUGACCAACAAGACAAUGGAUCAACAGACACAAGAUGGAAUAAUCAAGUCAACAUUGCUUUACCCGUGA